AGAGAAGCACUCGGUGUUGCGCUACAUAUAUACUCUAUAUAAAUAGUCAGGCACUUCGCAGUGAUCCUAUAAAUGUGUAAAUACAAUCACGUAAAUACUAGGUAGAGAGUAACACUAGUGAAUGUAAACAUUUUAAGCAAUUUCAUGAUUAUAAAUAGUCAUGUCCAAAAUAAGGGAUGAAAUUAAAAGAGAAGUACCGUCAAGACCGCACGUAUCGCGUUCGCAGGCGGAUAUACAGCGCCUGAAGUUAGAAAAAUUAAUGAAGAAUCCUGAUAAGAUCAUCGUCAUACCCGAAAAACCCAAAGGACGUGGCCCUCCGGUAGUACCGGAUUUCGUUCGCAAUGUGAUGGGAUCAAGUGCUGGUGCAGGUUCUGGAGAAUUCCAUGUUUAUAGACAUCUGAGGCGCAAAGAAUACUCACGGCAGCACUACAUGCAGAAACGCGCCGAGUGGGAGCAACUAGAAUCCGACUAUCACAACAAAAUAUCCGAAAACCAACAAAAAGCCGAUAUGGAAACGGCAAAGAAACGCGCGAAACGAUUGAAAAAGAAACAAAAGAUGAAACAGGCUAAGAAAAAACCCCAAAAGGAGGAAAGUUCAUCGGAAGAAUCCAGCACAGAGGAAAGUGAUGAGGACAAAACUGAACCUGCAGCCAUUAUGCAAACAGAUACAACAGAGGACAAACCAGAUGACAAUGCUGCAGUUUAGAAUAAUAAAAUUAUGUAUAUUA